CUAGGACUUUUGACAUGAAUACCAAAUUAUCUUAAGAUUGUCAACGUGAAUUAGAAGUGUCCUAAAUAUCCAGACUGAUCGUACGAUAAAAAGUUAAGAUGGUCAAUAUGAAUACCAAAUCGAUCGUACGAUGAAAACUGAUCGUAAGAUGUCGACGUGAAUACGGGCCCAGAUGUUUUAUGAAAUUUGUUGUUUGUGAUUAGGGUUAUUCUGUACUUAUUUUAUUAUUUUCAAGCCAUUUAAUUUUUUGCAUUGACGACUGGAGGCACACGUAAUCAAACAUGGUUGAGGUUCCCGCCGGUGACAUCGAGAAGGGCAAGAAGGUCUUUGUGCAGAAGUGCGCACAGUGCCACACGGUCGAGGCGGGCGGCAAGCACAAGACCGGCCCCAACCUGAACGGCCUGUUCGGCCGCAAGACGGGACAGGCGCCCGGCUUCUCCUACACAGACGCCAACAAGAGCAAAGGCAUCACGUGGGGCAAGGAGACCCUGUGGGAGUACCUGGAGAACCCCAAGAAGUACAUCCCCGGCACCAAGAUGGUGUUCGCCGGCCUCAAGAAGAAGGGCGAGCGGGCCGACCUGAUCGCGUACCUAGAGGACUCAACCAAGUAGCCGCCAGGCGCUGCACUAGGUCAAUGAAGCCUCUGGGAGCUGGCGGCACGCACCGCCAUCCGCUCAGGGCUUAGAGAGCGCGCGGGCGGCACGGCACGGCCCGCUCGCCGGCAUAUUCAAAUAUCGCAGUGCUGAUUCCAUCAUCAUGACAUCGGAGUGAGAGACGCGUCGGUGCCGCGCGCCGGCCGGCCCGUCGCCGUCGUUUCCACGCCGUCGGCGGCGACGGCCGGCCGCGCGCGCGGCGCCUCGUGUGCGCGGGGUGGGCCGCCUCGGUCGGGUGGGAUGGGUCCUUUGACCGGCCGGGUACACUCACCAGAAUACAUGAUUAAAUGUG